AUGGACGCCAAUGAAUUUCCGCUUCUGCGAAUUACGAUAUUGGGGUCAGAGGGUUGCGGUAAGACGUCAAUAGCCGACGCCUUUGUUAAUAAUGUUAUCGCGAGAAGCAACCCUCCGGAACCCACCACUCUCCCUAGGCUACUAUACCGUGUAAUGGCUUUACCUAUAGAUGAAGGAGAUGAACAAACACAAAAGGUUAUUUGUGAGGUCGAAGAUACUUUUUCUCCAAGCAAACAAAACGAGAAAAAAUCUAUCCGCUCCCUUGUUGACAUGAAAAGAAGGAAACUCCUUAAUCUCCCUCGCGGCGUAAAGGACUUUACACCUUUUUCACUGUGGCGGCCGCCAAUAAUUCCUCAUCAUGAAGGAGACCAAUAUCGAAGCAUAGCACACGGCCGCAUGGGGUUUUUGAUAGUUUUCGAUGUCACAGACCCAGCGAGUUUUAACACCGCUACUGAACUCUUGACGCUUACUCGAGAGUUUGCAGAAUACAGAAAUCCAAUGAUUUCGCCGGUAAUUUUCCUCGUCGCUAACAAAACAGAUGUCGAUACUGAGGGAGAUGCUGCAUCUCGGUUGCUUGGUCGCGCUGAGCUUUACGCACAGCAGGUCUUUUGCCGGUUAUGGCAGGGAUCAGCGUUUACAGGGAAGAACAUAAAGAGGAUGUUUGUUGACAUGGCCCAACUGAUCCUCUCCAACGGAAUGCUAUGGGAGCUCGACUACCACGAGGAGAGUGCCUCCGAGGAGAGCGAAGAAGACCGAUGUGCAGUCAUGUAG